AUGAACCCUGGCACCUGGGAGAGCAUCAACAAACAUUUACAGAUUUUGGUCUUUAGCUUAGACUUUUCACAAUGUGCUGUGUCAGACGUAGGCAGCACAGUGCAUUACGGAGCUACAUUUAUGAAAAUUGCAAAAGCUCUAAACAAUAAUGAAAUGUCAAUGAUUGGCUGUGAUGCCAAACACUUUCUGGACAUUUUGCCAUUGCAUUACCAAAGAAGCAACUCAGAUAAUGAAAGCUAUUUUUCUCCAAUGGAAGAAACAAGUGAAGAUGAGCUUGCAGAACCGAACUGUGAAAUCCACCUUCAUAGAGCAUCUCGGCUUUCAUCUUAUCAGACUGUAUGGGAGAAGUUUUCUGUACAAUCAGAUGCACAGAGGGAUGCCUUUUUGAUUGGCACUUUCCCUAGUACUUUUCUAUGGAGCACAGCAACUGCCUCAUUUAAAAUUGAGGGAGGCUGGGCAGAACAAGGGAAAGGAGAAAAUAUUUGGGACAGGUUUGCUCAUGAGGGAAAAGUAGAAAAAAACCAGACGGCAGACAUUGCCUGUGAUAGCUUCCAUAAAAUCGAUUAUGAUGUUUAUUUAAUGAGAGGUUUACAAACUAACUCUUAUAAGUUCUCCUUAUCAUGGUCUAGAAUUUUUCCUACAGGCGAUCGGACUAAACAGAACCAAGAUGGCAUAGACUAUUACAACAAAUUAAUUGACAAUCUGCUGGAGUCCAACAUUCAGCCAAUGGUAACUCUAUACCAUUGGGAUCUUCCCCAAGCUCUGCAAGAUAUUGGUGGAUGGCAGAAUGAGGACAUCAUACAAGCAUUUAGUGAUUAUGCAGAUUUUUGUUUUGCUACCUUUGGAGACCGUGUGAAGUACUGGAUCACAUUUAAUGAGCCUUGGGUGGUUAGUUAUGCUGGCUAUGGCACAGGACAGCAUGCACCUGGAAUCAGUGAUCCAGCUAUUGCAUCCUAUAAGGUGGCCCAUUCUAUAAUCAAGGCCCAUGCCAAUGCUUGGCACAUUUAUGACAAGGACUACCGUGCUCAGCAGCAUGGUCAAGUAGGAAUAGCAUUGAAUUCCGACUGGGCUGAACCUAGCUCCCCUAAUAAGCCAGAAGAUGUUCUAACAGCUGACCGAUACCUGCAGUUUAUGUUGGGCUGGUUUGCACAUCCUAUCUUCGUUAAUGGUGACUAUCCAGAAACCUUAAAAGCUCAGAUAAAAAAAUAUAAUCAGGAAUGCCCUUCUGCUCCUGUCCAUCUUCCAUCAUUUACAGAAAAAGAAAAACAACACAUAAAUGGAACUUCAGAUUUUUUUGGACUCAGUCACUACACCUCUCGACUAAUUAAUUCUAGCACAAAUAAAAUAUGUGUUUCAGAUUACAACCGUUUUGGAGAUUUUUCUCCACAGGUUGACAAUUCAUGGCCCUCAACUGUAUCUCCAUGGAUAUAUAUCGUGCCCUGGGGCUUACGAAGGUUAUUAAAUUUUGUUACCCAUGAGUAUACAGGUACCAACAUUCCAAUUUACAUAACAGGACAUGGAAUUCCAACAGAAUAUGCUGGCCUUGAUACCAUAAAUGAUACCAUAAGGAUAGAAAGUAUUGCUGCCUAUAUUAAUGAGGCACUGAAGGCUUCCAUCAUAGAUAACGUCAAUGUGAAAGCAUUUACACUUUGGUCACUAAUGGAUAACUUUGAAGGUCCACAAGGAUACAAUCAUAGAUUUGGACUCCAUUACGUGAAUUUUGAAGAUUCUAAUAGACCCAGAACUCCAAAGGAAUCAGCAUAUCUUUAUACACAAAUAAUCAAGAAUAACGGUUUUAUUACUAAUUCUUCAAACAACUUAAUUCAGACCCUUAUCCCCAAAAAUGAUGUUAAAAGAUUAGCUGAUUUACCAGCAUCUGAAGUGCCUUCUAAGGCUAAGGUUGUGUGGAAGACGUUUUCAGGCCAAGGGGACAUGGAAAGGGAUACGUUCUUAUAUGACACAUUCCCAGAAGGAUUUGUAUGGAGUGCAUCCUCUUCAGCUUAUCAGAUCGAAGGAGGGUGGAAUGCUGAUGAAAAAGGUCCUAGUAUAUGGGACAAUUUCACACAUACACCAAAUAUGAUUUUGAGCAAACAUACAGGAGAUAUUGCAUGUGAUAGUUACAACAAAAUUGAUGAAGAUCUUUACAUGCUUCGAGCGUUGAGAGUUCAAACCUACCAUUUUUCUAUUUCAUGGCCUCGUAUUUUUUCUAAUGGGCGUAUUGAAUCAUUGAACUUAGCCGGUGUCAAUUACUACAACAAGCUAAUUGAUGGCCUUCUUGCCAGCAACAUAACACCAAGGGUAACACUUUACCACUGGGAUCUACCUCAGGCUCUUCAAGAUAUUGGAGGCUGGGAAAAAGAAGAACUGAUUGACCUGUUUAAUACAUAUGCCGAUUAUUGCUUCAAAACAUUUGGCAAUAGGGUUAAGUUCUGGAUAACAUUUAAUGAACCCUCUGUAUUCAGUUGGGAAGGAUAUGGCACAGAUUCCUUUCCUCCUGCUAUAAAUGAACCAGGUCAUCUUCCAUACAGAGUAGCACAUGUAGUACUGAAAGCUCAUGCCAAAGUCUUUCACACAUAUGAUGAUAAAUACAGGAGUACUCAGAAAGGUUUAAUUUCCAUCAGCUUUAAUGCAGAUUGGGCAGAACCCAAGAUAUUUACUAACCUCCGUGACAUAGCUGCAGCUGAUCGCUACCUGCAGUUUACUUUGGGCUGGUUUGCACACCCCAUUUUUAAAAAUGGUGAUUACCCCGAGGCAAUGAAAUGGCAGGUUGGAAACAAGAGUGAACUGCAACAUCUGUCAACUUCAAGGCUUCCUCAGUUUACUGAACAGGAGAAAAGUUUUAUCCGUGGAACUGCGGAUGUUUUUUGUCUCACUACGUACACCACAAAAAUUGUAAGUCAUAAUAUUGCCAAACUGAAAUCACUUUCUUAUGAAUAUGAUCGAGAUACAGCUGAAGAAUUUGACCCAGGAUGGCCAACUUCAGCUGCUAAGAAGUUCAGGGCCGUAUCCUGGGGCCUCAGAAGACUUCUGAACUGGAUCAAAGAAGAGUACAGUAAUCCCCCUAUUUAUAUAACUGGAAAUGGGGUGGCUACAAAACCAACUUCCACUGUGGAUGAUACCGACAGAAUAUUCUACUACAAAACAUACAUCAAUGAGGCUCUGAAAGCUUACAAGUUGGAUAAUGUUAACCUUAAAGGAUACACAGCUACAUCUCUCUUGGACAGUUUUGAAUGGGUCAAAGGAUAUACUUUAAAAUAUGGACUGCAUCAUGUAAACUUCGAAGAUCCUAACAGGCAAAGAACCCCCAAGAGGUCAGCACAUUAUUAUACAGAAAUAAUUCAUGACAAUGGCUUUCCACCUCGGAAAGAAGAUGAAUUCAUUUACGGAGAAUUUCCAAAGGACUUCGCAUGGAGUGCAGCAACUGCUGCCUAUCAGAUUGAAGGAGCUUGGAGAGCUGACGGAAAAGGACUUAGCAUAUGGGACACCUUCAGCCAUACACCCUUGAAAGUAGGCAAUGAUGAUACUGGAGACAUAGCUUGUGACAGCUAUCACAAGAUUGAUGAAGAUUUGGCUAUUCUGAAACAACUGAAAGUCAACCACUACCGCUUUUCUCUAUCCUGGUCUCGCAUUCUUCCAAAUGGAACCACUGAAUAUGUAAAUGAAAUUGGAUUAAAUUAUUAUAUCAAGUUUAUAGAUGAUCUUCUUGCAGCCAACAUUAAACCUCAGGUCACCCUUUAUCAUUGGGAUCUACCUCAAGCUCUGCAAGAUGUCGGUGGCUGGGAAAAUAGUAGUACCAUUGACAGAUUUGUGGAAUAUGCUAACUUCUGCUUUCAAAGAUUAGGUGACAAGGUCAAGUUCUGGAUAACCUUGAAUGAGCCUUACAAUACAGCACUUCUUGGUUAUGGCUAUGGCACUGCAGCACCAGGUAUUGGCACAAGAUUAGGCAGUGCACCUUAUAUUGUUGGUCACAAUCUAAUCAAAGCCCAUGCUGAAGUUUGGCACUUGUACAAUGAAACUUAUAGACCACAACAGGGAGGACUAAUUUCCAUCACUAUCAACUCUGACUGGGUUGAGCCAAGGAACCCAUAUAAACAGGAAGAUAUAGAUGCUGCAAAAAGGCAUUUGAUGUUUUAUGGUGGUUGGUUUGCCUAUCCAAUUUUCAAAAAUGGUGACUACAAUGAAGUGAUGAAAGCACGUGUAAGAGAGAAGAGUAUGGCUCAAGGUUUACUGAAAUCUCGACUCCCUGAAUUCACUGAAUCUGAAAAACAGAGAAUUAAGGGAACAUACGACUUUAUGGGAUUCAAUCACUAUACCACAGUCUUGGCAUUUAAUGCCAAUUUAGGAAAUGUUAUCCCAAUGUAUGAUGCUGACAGAGGAACAGGGACCACAGUAGACCGCAGCUGGCUGAGCUCUGGAUCGUUCUGGCUGAAAGUUACUCCGUGGGGUUUUAGGAGAAUUCUUAACUGGAUUAAGAAAGAGUUCAACAACCCUCCUAUUUAUCUAACAGAAAAUGGAGUUUCAGAGCAUGGUGACAAAGGACUCAAUGAUACCUGGAGGAUCAAUUAUCAUAGAAGUUAUAUAAAUGAGGUUUUAAAAGCUAUUAAACUCGACGGAAUUGACAUCCGUGGCUACACAGCAUGGUCACUGAUGGAUAACUUUGAAUGGGCUAUGGGAUAUGCAGACAGAUUUGGCUUAUUUUAUGUCAAUUAUUCCGACCCUUCUUUACCUCGUAUUCCUAAAGCUUCGAGUAAAUAUUAUUCUACAAUUAUUCGUUGUAAUGGCUUUCCUGAUCCUGCUUUAGGACCUCAUGAGUGUCUUCAAGUAGAAGCUACCACCAUGAAAACCCUACCAUCAACCAUGUCAACAACCACACCAAUAAACAUUGGAAGGGUUCAUUUUCUGGGAUUACAGAUGUCUAGUGUGAAUGCCACAAGUGCUUUGUAUACUUUGUUUGCCAUUUUACUAGUUGCUGUUGUUUUGUUGGCUCUCUUUUCAUAUAACAUUUGGAAAAGAAAAGCAAAUGUAAUUAAAUCAACUUCAGACACAAAUGAAUUAGCAAUAAAUCAGAACACUAACUUUUGAAGUUAGAAUUAUUAUUGAAGGAAGGAGUUGUGGGAGGAAACGCUAAAACGUCUUAGGACACUGGGAAAACCCUCA